AUGAGAUUUGGGAAAAGCGGGAAGUUGUCUCCUAGAGUUAUUGGGCCUUUCGAGAUUCUAGAGCGGAUCGGGGAGGUAGCUUAUUGUUUGGCCUUGCCACCCCAACUGUCUGGGGUUCAUGACAUGUUCCAUAUUUGUUUGCUCUGGAAGUGCGAGCCGGAUCCUUCACAUGUGUUAGAUUGGACUGAGUUAGAGGUAGAUGAGGACGCCUUGUAUGUGGAGAGACCAGUGCAAGUUGUAGACUCUUGGGACCAAGUUUUACGAGGCAAGACUAUUCCAUUGGUUAACGGGGUUGAAAAAGUGACUUGGGAGCGUGAGGCAGAAGUCUAUGAGAAGUAUCCAAACUUAUUUGUUGAUAUUUAA